UUCCAUUUUUAAUUAUGUUAUCUAUGUGUCACGUUAAUUACAGUAAAAGUGUAUCUCCACAUUAAAAUGGUAAAAGACAGAGCAACUAUGAAAAUUCUUGUAGACCUGUAGUAGAUUCACGUGAAUCAUGUGUAUAUGGUUGUCUUGUAAAUGAUGGGAUCCAUGAUGGGAUCCAUGAUGGGCUUAUUCGUCAAUUCACAAACCUCAUCGGAAAAUAUUCUCACGGCGGUGAACAACUCUCCUCUUUUUCUCUUUCCCCUCCGGCGAGCGAUUUCAACUAAGUUAUGGAGGAAGAUGACGGAACACAGUCACAUCCGUCGUCGGGAGAUCCGUCAACCGCGAAGUCCUGUGCUCGGGAGGGUUUAGCGAUAGUGGUUUCUCCUCCGAGUAAGGCUGCUUCCGGAAGAAGAACCGGCGGAGGAGGGAGAGACGACUGUUGGAGCGAAGAAGCGACGGAGACUCUGAUCAAUGCGUGGGGAGAGAGAUUCUUAAAGCUGAAGAGAGGGAAUCUAAAGCAAGAGCACUGGAAAGAAGUAGCUGAGAUCGUAGACAGAGACAACGAAACUGCCAAAACUGAUACACAGUGUAAGAACAGAAUCGAUACAGUGAAGAAGAAAUUCAAACAGGAGAAAGCUAAAGUCGCCGCAGGAGGUGGUGAUGAGGACUGUAACAGCAAAUGGAUCUUCUUCGAAAAGCUCCAACAUUUGAUCGGAGGAGCCACUACGGCGAGUAAGGCUUUAAAGGUGACUCCUUUGAGCAGCCGUUCAAAUCUUUACCAACGACAAGCUAAAUCCUUCUCGACGGGUGUUAAAAGGAGUGGUGGUGGUGAUUCAACACGAUGGCAUUUCAGGAAAAGAGUGGCUUCUGAGACGGAAUCAGAGUCUGAACCUGAUCUUUCUGCUGAUUCAGUUGAUAGUUUGCCACAACCAUUGUUGCUGCCAUUGCCAGUGGACGUGGAUAAUAAGACGGAGCCUGGAGAGGUUGCAAUGGCGAUAUUGGGAUUUGCAGAAAGUUAUGAGAAGGUGGAGACUUUGAAGCUUAAACAAAUGGUGGAGCUGGAGAGAGAACGGAUGAAGUUUGUGAAGGAGCUUGAGUUGCAGAGGAUGCAAUUCUUUACGGCUCAGUUGGAGAUGUUACGGAACAGUCUAGAGAUAGAGAAGGUGAAAGAAGAAUCAGGAGUCACCAUGACCAUAGUGUCAAUAAUAACGGCAAUGUAAGUUAAUAUGUUAAGCGAUACUGAAUACGUGUGGGAAUGUAUAAAUGAUGACUGCUGUGGAAUGUGUUAAUGUCAACGGAUUCUUGAGAGUAUAAGAUUGUGGCUGGAAAACAUUAUUGGUAGAUUUCUGAUUAUGACAUGAGUUUGAUAA